GGCCUAGUCACAUCCGGUGCCCUUUCAGUUCGUUGCCAAGACAAUAGAAGUGGCGGUUGGUUCGGUGAAGUCUCGCGGUGUUUGGCUCAGUGACUGCCAAUCAGUGAGCUCUCGCCGCGUCUUGGGUGAGCGCGUGGGAGCUGGCGGUGGCGCGAGGUUGGAAGUGUUGCACGCGGACAGUGAGCCGGUACGGGGGUAUACUGGGAGCGGCGCGCGCUGCCCUCAUUGUCCUGUUACAAAUGGCUGGAAUUACCUCAGUAUCGCACAAUUUAUUAUUUCAGACUAUUGUAUCGGUAGUAUCUGCGCAGUGUAAAAUUUUUUUAUGGCUUGUGCAGACACAGUUAUCAAAAUCAUUGCGCACAGUCGUCCUUAAAAGGUUUGACCAUAAGCACUACCUCGAGCUGUAAUGGUGAUGGUGCCUCUCACCCCAAUAAUGUACCCGCUCACACCGUGACAUGGGGAAUAAUAUCCGAUACAAUAGCCCAGUAUUGUGUGCUUCCCUCAGUCAGGCCCGGGGUGGGGGCAGUGUAUUUCUGUAUAUGCAAUUAUUAUUAUUAUUUUGCUGUUGGGCAGUAUGUGUGAGCUGCUGGUCUGUACUGUGUGGCAGUCAUACCCUGCAGGAGGAAGAUCAUUUAAAGGGAUACUACAGAGUUAUACAAACCUUUAUUCCUAUCGCUAUAGUUCCUGUUAGAACUACGCAGCCACCUCCUUUGUAAUAAAAAUGUAAAAUGUUUUCUUCCUUGCCCAUUUCCAACACAAAGGCUCCUUCGGCAGUGUUUACCUGGCCGCAUCCUCCAAUGUUGAGGAACAGUCAUGGCCUCCAGUGGGACGGUCCAAUCAAAAGCUACUUCUAGGAGCAUUGAGGACUUACUGCGCAUGCACACCGUCACGCUUUCCUAUAGGAAAGCAUUGAAGCAGCACUUUCCUAUGGCAGCCUGUACAUCACUUGAGUGAGUUUUACUCGAUUUACAUUGGAGUGAAGUUGCUAUGGUGUGAAAAGGUCCCAGGUGCCAGUUUAUGUUCAGAAGUUAAACUGUUACUGAACGGUUUAACCUCAAAGUUUCAAUUCCUGGGAUUGUGAGCUAUACCCAGCCACUUCCAUUUGAGUCAGAGGCUUCAAUCAAGAAGCCUGGGACUUGUCGCUGUCAUAGCGUCCACCGACCAGUAGCUCCUGAUUCACAAAACGAAAUGAAAAGGGAAGCUAUUGACAUGGGGAGCUACGGACAUCCCGAGAGUGUCAGCUGAUGCUCUCAGCCUACCACCUGCACACAGUCUGAGGCUUCCUUAUUGAUGUCUUGGACUCAAUUAAAAGUAGAUGGGUAAAGUUGAUGAUGGGCUAACCACUGAGUUAAAAGGACCACUAUAGUGCCAGAAAAACAUACUCGUUUUCCUGGCACUAUAGGGUCUCAAGGUCCCCCCUCCCGCCGGGCUCACUCCGUGGUGGGGACUCACCACCUCCUUUCCCCGUCAUCGGCUGAAUGUGCGGCAUGAGCCGCGCACGCAUUCAGCCAGUCUCAUAGGAAAGCAUUAUCAAUGAAAAUCACAGUGAGAAGUGCCUCUAGCGGCUGUCAAUGAGACAGCGACUAGAGGCUGGAUUAACCCAUAGGUAAACAUAGCAGUUUCUCUGAAACUGCCAUGUUUACAGCAGAAAGGGUUAAUCUUAGAUCGACCUGACACCCAGACCACUUCAUUAAACUGAAGUGGUCUGGGUGCCUAUAGUGGACCUUUAACCCUUUAAGGACCAAACUUCUGGAAUAAAAGGGAAUCAUGCCAUGUCACACGUCAUGUGUCCUUAAGGGGUUAAGUCUGCGCCAGGGACCUCCUUACAACAUAACUUCAUUCUGAUUAAGUUGUUAUGAUGCCCAAAGUGUGUGUAAAGACAUAGGCAAUUAUCCAAGUUCUGAAGCCAAUCAUAGAAUUUGAGCUAUAUGUCUGUUCCACCAUAAUUUACUUAUUUUAUAUUGAAGCGGUACUGACACACCAUAGUUACCGCAUCUAAUUUUAACUAAAAACAUAAGACAAAGAAGGAACUACUUUGUCUUAUGUAUUCUUUCUACUCCUGAAGUGUCAAUCCCACCAUCAGGGAAUUGGCUCUGUUUAUGUUGAAUCUCGUGAGAUACUCCAUAGACCUCAACGCUGUACCCUCAUGCAUGCACUAGAGUACAGCAGUGAUGUCGGCUCCUGGCAGGAAAGCAUUCAGCCAAUGGUUUCCUAUAGGGAAAACCUAACGUGCUCGGCAACCUACGAGUAUGCACAUUUGGUUCCUACUUUUGUUGAUGUCGGAGGAAGCCUCCCCUAAGGAUCUCGGCGUUGGAAUGAGGUCAAGUAGAAAAAGGGUUUUUAACCCUUUAAUUGCCGAGGAGGGGGCAGAGGGAUAAUAUAGUGUUAGGAAUACAGCUUUUGUUUGACUUCGUUAACAGCAUGCUCGCCUCUUCAUCAGUCGCUCCAUUCCUAUAUUCCCUUGCCAUGCUAGGAGUGUCGGCUUGGGAGUUAUCCUAGCAACCAUGGCGCAUGCACCGUGCGUGUGGAGUACAGAAGGACCGCUGUGGAGGGUCUUUUUUGCUCUCCCUUGUCAGUCAAUUCUUUGGCAUAAAGACCACACUGAAAAACUGACUGACAGUGAGAGACCUAUUUUUAAUUAUAUAUUUUUUCUCUUCCAAUCAAUACUUUUGCUACCACAAUAUAUAGAUCAAAUUUUAUGGUCUUUAGAAGAGCAUAUGUUGUUAUAGGUACCCUUUAGUAGUCCAUACUUUGUCUCAGUAUAUCUUCAAAGAGAGUCAAUCUGAGUGUUUCAUAAAUACUCAUUUUGGAGUGGGAGGGUGACAGCGCCGCUUUCAGCUGAACUUUGUGCAGUGCUGAGGCAUCCUCGGCAGCACUGCUCACUUCUCCUCUCAUCAUGUCACGGAGGAGUGCUAUAAUCCAAUGCUUCUUGUAGAAGCAUUGAAUCAAUGCUUUCCUCGGGGAGCUUCUCUGUCACGGUCAGUGCAGCAGAAGUGCUUCUAGUGGCUGUCAUACUGAUAGCCACUAGAGGUGGACUGAAUCCUGCAAUUUUAAAGUAACACUAUAGUGUUAAAAACAUUGUUUAGGCUUCCAUACCCCCUUUGCACGCUUUAAAAAGGGUUAAAACGUACCUUUUAUUUGUGCGCUUGUUCACUGCGCUUGGCCAUUCUCCGCCUCCUUGACUACGAUCAAAAUUAAUGAUUCUAGCCAAUCCAAUGUUUUUUCCAUCGUAAAGUAUUGGGAGACUAUUCCGCAUGCAUAGCAAAAUGCUGCGCCAAUCAGCAUCUACUCAUAGAGAUGCAUUGAAUAAAUGCAUUUCUAUGAGGAGCGUUUAGCAUCUCCAUGCAAAGCACUGACCCAGGAAGCACCUCUAGUGGCCGUCUGAGUGACUGCCACUAGAGGUGUUCCAUGGCAGUAAUGUUAACCCUGUCAUUUCUCAGAAAAUGCAGUGUUUACAUUAAAAUGCCUGCAUGCACAUACUAUACACGCCAGAAUAACUAUAUUAAGCUGUAGUUGUUCUGAGAACUGUAGUGUCCCUUUAACAUUGGGAUAAAACUAAAACUUGAUUAUUUUCUUAGAUUAUGUUUUUAGAAUUUUUCUUUUCACAUCAGGUUUGUCAAUUAACAUUUGCUUAAAGGGAAACUCCAGUGCCAGGAAAACAAUCCGUUUUCCUGGCACUGCAGGUCCCCUCUACUUCCCACCACCUAUCCCCCAGUAGCUGAAGUGGUGAAAACCCCUUCAGGUCACUUACCUGACACCUCGCCGAUGUCCCUCGGCGGUGGUUUCUGCUCGCCGCCGCUCCUCCCAGUGAUUACGUUAGUUGGUGGGCGAGACUGAUCCCGCCUGCCGGCUGAGGAAACCUAAUGUGCAUGCACGGCAAUGCCGCAUUAGAGUUCUCCAUAGGAAAGCAUUGAAAAUGCUUUUCAAUGCUUUCCUGUGGGGAAUUGAGCGAAGCUGGAGGUCCUCACACAGCGUGAGGACGUCCAGCGACGCUCUAGCACAGUGCUAUGGACACGGAAGUGCCCUCUAGUGGCCCUCUAGUAGACAGCCACUAGAGGUGGAGUUAACCCUGCAAGGUAAUUAUUGCAGUUUAUAAAAAACUGCAAUAAUUACACUUGCAGGGUUAAGAGUAGUGAGAGUUCGCACCCAAACCACUCCAAUGGGCAGAAGUGGUCUGGGUGCCUGCAGUGUCCCUUUAAGAGAGGAUGAGCUUAUUUACAGACUUUAUACAUCUAGUUAACAUAUGUUAUACACACCAGAACUAAUACAUUAAGCUGCACUUGUUCUAGUUCUAGACUAUAGUGUCCAUUUAAGAGGACAAGGAGCCUGUACCCAGACAACUUUAUUUAGAUGAAGUGGCAGGGGUGACUAUAGUAUUUAUUUAAUAUAGGGUUGCAGCAUGGGAUACAAAACUAUGGUCAUUAAUUAGGCUCUAGUCCUUUCUUUUUUUUUUUUUCAUUCCACUUAUUUAUCAGUUUACCUUAGAAGAUACUUUGAUAUGUAUUUUUAGCUUAUUGAGGUUACUUCAUUGGCCUGUUGAAAUUUUGUUUAAUGGUAUUCCUAUUGUUUCAGCCCGGAACAUAGUUUAGGUGAUUUUUUUCCAUGCUGCAGCACAAAGAUGUUUUUAUUCUCUUUUUCUAAUAGGGGUUCUACUGCUUUUAUGGAUUGUUGGAUGCUGAUACUGGGGUUAGGAUGCAGUUUAAGAUGUUGAAAUUGGGGGAACAGAUACAAGAUAAUCAGGGCUUGACAAAAUUACUUGGAAUCUAUGAGCCAUUUUGCAUGUAUUUUGGAUCUGGAAUGCCCUUCUGGGUGGGAUCAGUUUGAUAGGCAAAUGGCCCUGGUUCUUUUUGUAAUUACACAAGAUGAGCUAAAAUCAGCUGGAGAUCUGAGCAGGGACCCACCAAAGGGCAGGCUACUUCAGCUGUUGUUCAGUCUCAGUACUCUCUUGCACCUUGUUCUUUGCUCUCCCCAAGUUCAAAGGGUAAUCCAGAAGUGGACACCUUGUUCACAGUGCCUAGAGGGGUAACCCUAUACCUCACUGACAAGGCCUAACAAGACUGAAACAGUUGUCUGGGGUUGCUGUAUCUCUAAUGCAGAGAGAGCCAGCCUGCAUUUUGGAUCUGGAAUGCCCUGUUGUGUGGGAUCAGUCUGAUAUACAAACUGCCUUGAGCUGUUGUCCGUUCUCAGUAUUAUCUUGCAACUUAUUUGCUCCCACCUAAAAAAGUUAGGAACCAUUUUUUUUUUUUUUUUUUAAAUGCUUUAUUUUCAACAAAAAAAAUACAAUUCAUAAAGGGACACUCCCUCGCAUUAGAGCCCCCUGAAGCCGCAAUCAGCGCCGAGAUGCAUCAGGGUUGUAUUUGUGAGCAGUGUUUGUGCAUUUGAAUGUAAGCAUGUUUUUGUAUAGAGUUUGUGUGCAUAUAGGUGUGUAUUUGUAUAUACUAUUGUAAUGCAGCGAUGUACUUGUGUAUUGGGUUUUGUGUUUGAAUGCAGGGGUGUGUUUGUAUGUAGUGUUGCCUUUUAAAUGCAGGUGUGCUUUUGUGUGUAGUGUAGGUGUUUGAAUGAAAGGGUGUUUGUAUAUAAUUUUAGCGUUUUAAGACGGGUGUAUUUAUAUGUAAUGUAUGCCUUUUAAAUGCGGAUGUACAUUUGUGCAUAUUAUUGGUGUUUCAGUGAAGGGUUGUGUUUAUAUAAUAUUUUGGAGUUUGAAUUAUUGGGUAUGUUUUUAUAUGUAGUGUUGGCUUUUAAAUGCAUGUGUGAUUUUGUGUGUAGUGGUGGUAUUUGGAUGAAGGGUGUUUGUAUAUAAUUUUUGUGUUUUAAUACAGGAUGUGUUUGUGUUUAUCCCCUAAAGGACACAUCUUCAAAAGCUUGUCUUGCACUUAAAGGACCACUAUAGUGCAAGGAAAACAUACUCGUUUUCCUGGCACUAUAGUGCCCUGAGGAUGCCUCCACCCUCAGGGUCCCCCUCCCGCCGGGCUGGAUAGAGAGGAAAGGGUUAAAUCUUACCUUUUUUCCAGCGCCGGGCGGGGAGCUCUCCUCCUCCUCUUCGGCUGAAUGCGCAUGCGCGGCAGGAGCUGCACGCGCACUCAGCCAGUCUCAUAGGAAAGCAUUCAUAAUGCUUUCCUAUGGACGCUUGUGUCUUCUCACUGUGAUUUUCACAGUGAGAAGCACGCAAACGCCUCUAGCGGCUGUCAAUGAGACAGCCUUUUGGAGACUGGAUUAACCCUAUUAUAAACAUAGCGGUUUUUCUGAAACGGCUAUGUUUAUAAAAAACAGGGUUAAUCUUAGAGGGACCUGGCACCUAGACCACAUCAUUAAGCUGAAGUGGUCUGGUUGCAUAGAGUGGUCCUUUAAGGGCACAAUAAAUUUUCAAAUUUCUUGCUGUUUGCGUUCAACGGCAAUUUGCAUUUCACUAUUUUAUUGCACAAAUGCAUAUUAUAUGCCGUUUUUUAAAGGACAAAAAGGGCUUUAAAUUGAUGUAACAUAUACAUAUAUAAAUGCUUAUUUAUUAUAAAAAAAUACAAAAAAUGCCCCCAAAUUUAAAAAUAUAUAUAUUUUUUUUCAGUUUUUGCCAUAAUAAUGUGUGCAUAAUUAGUGCAGGUUAGGAAAAGUAAUUAAAAAUAAAUUAAUUUAGUUUUUCUGAUUUACAGACUAUGUAAUGUGUCUAGGAUUUUCAUUUUGUUUUUUUUUUUGUUUUUUUGUUAGUUACAGGUCACAAAACACAAGGAGUAAAAUAAACUUUUAAUGUGGAGCGAUUUUAGAAUUUGGCAUGUUUGUCUUGUAAGCUUAAUAGCCAUCAGAGAAAACAAAAUUGCCACACAAAAGUAUAUAUUUAUAUAAAACAGACUUCACAGGCUAUUUAACGUUAUUUUGACACUUUUUAAGUAGCCAUUUCACCACCAAUCUCUGCUACAUAUUGGACUAAAAUGUAUUUUUUUUUUUACACACAAACUUAUAACAAAGAACUUCUCGUGUGUAUUUUGUAAAGUUGGUGUGUGACUAAUUUUGUGUUAAGCUACAUCUGCUGAGUACAACGAUACCCCCAUUGUCUUUGGCACUAUUUCUUGAAGCUACAGUGCCAUAUGGGAGACCUGUCCAUUUCAGUAAUUACAUUUUUUACUUUUUACACAAGAACUUUAACUAAACAAUGUUAAAAAAAAAAAAAUCUUUUUUUUCUCUAUUUUUAAAUAUCUUUUCACCCCUAACAUAACACUAAACUCCCUAAAUUCCCAUGAAUUACCACGCACCCUAAUUAACUAAAUAAAAUUACAAAUAUAAAAAUAAUGAAAUAAUCAGUCAGAGGUCAGAAUUGCAGAAGCCUCCUUGGCCCUAAACGUCGUCAGCAACUUUAAAUGGAAGAACUAAAUAAUAACAAAUAAAAAUGUAUGUGUGUGUGUGUGUUUAAUAUAUAUAUAUAUAUAUAUAUAUAUAUAAACAAUGUGCAACUUAUUCUCUUUGGGUGUGAAAAACUUUAAAACAGUUGCCAAUGCAAAGGCCGACUGAGAGGGGCAAUAAAAGCUGGUUGGUUUCCUUCCUUAUGCCCCUCUGGUAGCACAACCUGCACCUUUUCUGGGGUGUCUCCUUUUUGGGGGUUGGUGGUAUGCGGAAACAGAAGUGACCUGUCUCAACCCUUCUGCUGCUAGGCUUGGCUUAUGGUUCCCCACUGUGGCACUCAGUGAGCAGCCCAGAAAUCCGCUGAAACUGGAAAUCCAGAAAUGUGGAUUUAAUGUCAGCAUUUGCCUUUUUGUACAAAAUAAAGGCAUUGUGUGUCGCCAUUUGCAUAAGGUAAAUGCCAAGCUUUUUGUACCAUGCCCUGGUCUUCCUCAGUAUUAAAUAUGGCUGCAGCAGUUGGUCGGACAGGUCAACUCCCCCCAUAUGCUUGUUGUACUGCCUAAAGCAGACUGGCACUCGUCUAAUUUCUUGUCUGCCACGAACUGCGACUCUCCGAGUGUGCUCAGUAUGCAUGGAUGUUAGCAUGAACACCUCCUUUUUAUCUUUGAAUUUGAGAGCCAGCAAUUCGUCCUGGCAGAGAGCAGCAGUUUCCUCCCUCUUGAGCUUUUUUUGUGCCAGGGCUUUUGGGAAACCGACAUGUUUCUUUCGUAUAGUGCCGCAGGCCACAGUUUCGAAGCAAUAAAGCAUCCUAAGAAGAGGGAUGCUAUUAUAGUAAUUAUCUAUAAAUAAAUGAUACCCCUUAUUUAGCAAUGGGUUAAUUAGAUCCCAUACGAUUUUCCACUCGUCCCAAUAAUAUCUGGGCAGCCUGGGGGAUCCAAGUGACUGUCUUUACCUUCGUAAACAUGGAAGGUGUAAACAUAACCACUGGCACUUUCACAACGUUUAUAUCACUUUAUCCCAUACCGGGAUCUUUUGGCCGGGAUAUAUUGUUUAAACCCCAAUCUGCCCUAUUUUAUUAAAGACUCAUUUACACAAAUAUUUUUUUGUGGGGUGUACAAUGAGCCAAAUUGUCUGUUGAAGUGGGAAAUAAGGGGGAGAAUCUUAUAGAGAUUAUCAUACUGACUAUUAUCUCUUGGGGGGCACUUUGAAUUGUCGCUGAAGUGUAAAAAGCGAAGUAUUGCUUCAUAUCUGGACCUAUUCAUGGUCUGGGAGUAAAUAGGGGUGCUGCAUACAGGAUUUUUGGGGCAGUACAUCCUGAUGCUGGGUUUUUUAAUAAUGGCCAUUAGCAUAGUUAGUGCCCCAAUUUUUUUUAAUUCUGGCACACUGGGGUACCAACUCCCUUGCCUGGCGAUGAGACUCUGAUCAUUAAGUGGUAGUUACUGCCCUAAAAUAUCAUCCCCCAAGUAUAACUUCAUGAAAUCCAGUGCACUGUAGUUAGUGACGUCCAAAUGAAUUCCAGGACUAGCAGUAAACUCUGGGAUGUCAGGCGUAAAAUCAUUUAGGGGUUCCCAGUCACCAGCGUCAUGAGCCAGAUCAGGGGACUCUGCGCUUACAACAGAGGGCCCUGCAGUAUCUGGCACAGAGUCAUCACCACUCUCAGGGGCACUAUCUGUGGCGUCAGAGUCGGCAGCUAAUAUAUCAUAGGCCUCCUCAGCAGUGUACCUUCUAGACGUUUUGAAGGUGUAACUUUAACUUUUUUUUUAAACAUUUUUUUUUCUUUUUUUUUUAUACUUUUUUUUUAAACUUCGAUCUAGACUUCCGGUCUAGACACAAACCGGCUCCAUUAAUUUAAAGUAGUUUUGGUGGCUAUUGUGUCCCUUUAAUGUGUGCAUUGAUUGCUGGGUUGUGUUUAGAUGUAAUUAGGGAUGCACCGAAAUUUCGGCUGCAACGGGUCAAAUUUGCCAAAACGUAAAAAAAUAAAAUAAAUUAUUUUUACAUUUAUUUUUAUUUUUGUAGUGCAUAGACAUACUUGCAUUAACAAUUCAGAUGAUUAUAUAUCACAAUGAAAGUUGGUAAUGAUAACAUGAAAAGUCAAGAGUACUGCACUAGGUACAGGGGGAGGGGAACACUAUGGGACAGAGGACGGGGGGAAGAACACUAUGGGAUGGGGAAGAGGGGGGAAAAGAACACUAUGGGACUGGGGAGGAGAGAGGGACAUUAAGGGGGGGCACUAAAAGAAGGGAAGUUUUUCAUAUUAGUUUAAUUAAAUUAAUGAAAAAGUCUAAUAUUAAUAAAAUUAUAGGAAAAAACCUUUAAAAAAUGAUUUUGGGGAAAAAAGUUGUUUUUGGCCAAGGGCAUCCUGAAUUUCCGGUUUCGGACCAGAAUUCUCUUUUCGUUGCAUUCCUAGAUGUAAUGUUGGCUUUUAAAUGUGGAUCUAUAUUUGUAUGUAGUAUUGGUGUUUGAGUGAAGGGGUAUAUUUGUAUAUACUUUUGGAGUUUGAAUGCAGGGGUGUGUUUAUAUGUAAUAUGUGAGUUGGUGUUUGAUUGCUUUGAUGUAUGCACAGGCACAAAUACACUGCCACAUACAUACAUACAUACAUACACAUACAUUAACACACUGACACACAUAUCUUGACACACACCACCACCACCCCUGACACACAGAUGCACACCUUGACACACAAAUAAACACGAUGUGACAUACACAUUUAUGUCAUAAUAAAUUACAUAAUUAGUAUAUUUGCAGCCACCCGCCUGUUAGUAUACCUUUUGUAUCCAGGAGGAUGGCGUGCUGGCUGAGGUUGAUGGGUGUGUUGGGUCUGGAGUGGCUCUCUCUCAAGGUGCCUGUGUGACCUUCUCCUCCUCCCUCAUGGCGAGCUCAGUAAGGAGCUAUGAGGAGAUAACUUACUCCCGGCAUCGUUGAUCGUACAGGAACCUGGUGCAGUCGCGCCGGCGGUUGUUCCGCCUCUGACGGAGGCUAUUUUAAUGAGAUGGUCUCAUAGAGACCAUUUGAUAGAAACGUAGAAUGUGGCGGUAGAUAAGAACCAUUCAACCCAUCUAGUCUGCCCAAUUUUCUAAAUACUUUCAUUAGUCCCUGGCCUUAUCUUAUAGCUAGGAUAGCCUUAUGGCUAUCCCACGCAUGCUUAAACUCCUUCACUUCUUUUAAAUAUAGUCUCCUCCUUUACUGUUUUGAUUCCCUUUAUGUAUUUAAAUGUUUCCAUCAUAUCCCACCUGUCUCGUCUUUCCUCCAAGACAUACAUGUUAAGAUCCUUUAAAGGGACACUAUAGCUUAAUGUAGUUGUUCUGUUGAUUAUACUAGUUCCCUUUGGUCUUUUUUCAUGCAAACACUGCCUUUUCAGAGAAAAUUCAGUGUUUACAUUGCCUCUAGGGACACAUUCAAGUGGCCACUCCUUAGAUGGCCACUGGAGAUGCUUCCUGGGUCAGUGCUGCCGAAAAGAAGCACUGACGUUCAGCAUCCCCACGCUUUGCAUCAGUGGCGUACACACAAUCCCCGGUGCGAAACUGAUCCAUGGGCCCCUCUCACUCCCCCGACAGACACACACAGACACACAUACGGACACAUACAUACAUAGACACACACAUACAUACUCACACGUCACACAUGCAUACAAAGGCACAUACAUACAUACAGACAGGCACACACACACGCACAUAUACAAAAUCUUUGUCACCCUCCUGUUUCCUACCUUGUAGGUGCAGGAGGGUACUUUCCCUGGGGUCCAGUGGUGGCUUAGGUUGAUGGGAGUCAGAGUUCCCAGUCUGACUCCCUCUCCUUCCACUCGCGCGGGCUCUCUGAUAUCUGGGAGGAGACACUGGAGCAGUCACUUCCUCCCAGCUGUGAUGUCAUCACAGGGGGCCCGGUCGCGCUGUUAAAGCGAAGCAGCGCUGACUGAGCCCCCUGGAAAUCCAUACCCAUUGGGUAGCAUGGGCUACCCGAUGGGACACUUGAACGUGCGGCCCCAGCCCCCAAUGGGAAAGCAUUGGAUUGGCUCAAAAUCGGCCAAUUUGAGUGUCACAAAGGGGGCGGAGCCAGCACCGGCAGACCUGCGCGGCGUUGGAAAUAAGGUGAAUUUUAAACUUUUAUAGGGGGACUAAGGUUAGGGCUCUGUCAAAUAUUCUGUACUCUGCCCUUGAGUUUUUACGUCCAAGAUGCAUUAUCUUGCACUUAUCCACAUUAAAUGUCAGCUGCCACAUCUCUGACCAUUUUUCUAGUUUACCUAAAUCAUUUGCCAUUUGGCUUAUCCCUUAUUGAUGAAGAGCCUUGAAGAGAGCACUGCGAUGAGGGAGAAAACAUAAGCAAACUCACUUUUUUCGUUUACACAGGGGGAGGCCAGUACCCUAUUUAACAGAUCACAGAUACAUUAUGUUAUUCACAGUUUGCUGGAAUCACUGCACACACUUGGUAAUGCAGAUAGUUAGAACAUUUGCAUAUGCGUAUGUGUACCAAUUGGAUACAAAAAGACAUCUGUCACUGCAGGUUUUUGGUUAGCAAAUAACUUAUGCUAGAUCAGAUAAAGAUGCUAAUGUAAUUAAUCAGUGGGUAAUAUUAUAUUUUAAGCUGGUUACAAUGUAAAAAUAGUGACAACAUAAUACUACGUUCUAGAAUAGUUUUGAGUGUUUCUGAUAAGAGUAGAUUUGCAUCUUGUAAGGAAAUGACAACUACUUCCUUAUUUAAUUAUUUUCUUUGUUUGCAAGGAGACUGAAAGAGCUUAAUGCUAAGACGCUUAUUCACCAAAAUUGGCUGGAGAGUGGUCAACUUAUGAUCUCAGCCAAUGAACUAGCCCUGCACUCCUGGACUUACCCAGGGAAGCUAAUGGAAAUUAAAGAGCUGACGCUUUCAGCCUAACAGCAGUGCCGACUCAUCGACUUCUCUGAGGCUUCCUUAUUGAAAACUUGGAUAUUGUCAGAAAUUAGGGUUCAGAGUGGAUAGCUACUGGCUCCACUACCUUAAGACCAGACAGUGCCCAGGUUCUCCUGGCUUAGUAGCAGCUUCAUUGAAUUACAUUGUUAUGGUGCCUGGAGUGGGUCUGUAAGGGAAAAGGUAGUUUUUAAGCCACAAAUCUUGUAUGACUAAGCUAUGAAGGAAGCGGUGAGAGGCUUUUCUUUGAAUAGACUCUCGACUGUUAAAUUUUGGCUUGCUUUAUAUUCUUUUAUGUAAGCGGCUUCUUAAUAUAUAUUGGUGUGGAACUUAUUGCCGAUAUGAAGUGAAUCUUUUUUUUGUAGAUUUAUAAACGGACUAGCACAUUGUCAUUAGACCUAGGAUAGGACACCCCUGUGCUCUAUUCAUAAAGCCCGGACAUGGAUCUGUAAUGUGUGAGUGGUUCCUUAAAGGACCACUCUAGGCACCCAGACCACUUCAGCUUAAUGAAGUGGUCUGGGUGCCAGGUCCCUCUAGGAUUAACCCUUUUUUUUAUUUUUUUUUAAGUAAAUCAAUAAUCAAUACUGGACUCAGUAGAAAUAGUGAAUCUUGAAUCAAUGAAAAUAUAGUGAUGAAUAUUAAAUAGUCUUUAGAUGUACCAGCUGGCUAGAUCUAAACCUCCUAUAAACAAAAGUAGGUAGAAUACACUGGCUGGUCAAGGGUUAAUAUAGUAGAGAUCCUGUAUAAUAGAAUCAGUACACCAUGUAUCAGAGUAGUAUAUGGUAUAUAAACAGUAAUAAAAAUUAAUAGUGUGACAAGACCAAUCUCGCCACAUUGCAUUGGAGAAGACUGGUUGCUCGCCUGCUGCCUUUGGACUAUGGCCCCAUGUUAAAAGACAUUGUUUUUCCCUGCAGAAAAGACUUAUUCGUGAUUUUCUGCCUGGUGUUCGGUAGAUUCAAUCUACCGAAUAACCACACGAAUGACUGGACCACCUGGGAGCUGGAGUGUGCCGGCAAUUAGCCUCCCUGAAGCUGCGGUUAACCGCAGCUUAAUUGACGAAUGCUGGGUGGCCGCCAUUCGUAUCACGAACACGAGGUCGCGGCCAUUUUAAACAUGCGAACGCACAGCGGUGUUCGACGCUUAAUUCAUGGAACUGAAAUCGGACACAGUUUUGCGCGAACACCGCUGAAGCCGCCGACCUACCUUCUUGUUCGGUGAAAGUGCAUGAAGGGCCCGGUGUUCGGUAGUUUUGUUUGAAUGUGUUAUACCCCAGAUAGGAAUCCGAUGGUGCCCAUUCGCAUGAAACUGACUGUGUAAAGACUUUAGCUCCAUGGCGAUUAAACUGUAUUCGUGUGUUCUGAGCGCCAUUCGCUUAAUAAUGUGCGCUCAGACCUGAGCUAUCUAGGGAUAUGUUAAAUGUAUGCUUUUAAUGUUAUGUGUCUCACAUAGAGUAUUUUAAUAGUAAUUCGUGUGUUAGUAUCCCCACGUGCAUAAUGGCGAUUUGCCUUUGUCUUGGGAGAUAAUUAGAUUACCUCUCAAUUAUCUCCAAGGCAGAGGGGAGCGUGCGUUCCACUGCGGCUGCUGGAUGCGUUCCAAACGCUCUCUCUCAGGAGCUGACUGUGCUGGUAUGGAGAUGCCGCCUUACACGUUUCGUGAUUCCAUAUCACUUCAUCAGAGGAUGGCAUCUGGGAGUCUUCAAUCAAUUAUAUACUCUUUUUAACUCAUUCAAUUACAAUUAACCCUUAUUUGACCGGAGUCCAACAGACCAAUAAAAAUGUAAAAAUUAAACCACAAAUACAUGAAUACAGUAUUGUGAAAUUAUAAAACAUGUAGCAAUAAUGUAUAGUAGGUAUAAUUAUUUUUUACACCUAUUCAUAAAUAAAUAAUCAGCAAGUUUCUCAAUAAGAUAGAGGAAUAAGUUAUAAAGAAUCUUAGCAGCAAUGAGUUGGGACUGGACAUACAAAGUACACAUUAAAUGUUAUAAAGUUGAAAUAAUUCAAUUCAUCUGUAUAGCAUAGGAUUGGACAUUUGCAACAUCAAGAAACAUAGCAUAAUACAAAGUAGAUAUAGUGUGUUAAUACAUAUACUGUAUUAAUACAUAUGUUGUUCUUGUAAGUCUUCUGAAAAAUAAGAUAAGAUAAUAUUAAUGGGGAGGUAGAAAAGACAAUAUACCAGAAUAUCAUUAUGGUAAAGUAAUUAUACACAUGUAAUAAACAAGUUAAAAAAUAGAAAGGUAAAAAAUGAAAAUAUUUAUAAAAGAGAAGAAUAAAAAGGAAGAAUAUUUAAAAGGAUAAUAAAAAAAUAAUAAAAGAAUAAUGAAAAAGGAUUAUAGAAAAGAUGAUAAAAAAUAAAUAUAAUAAUACCUAUCAAUAUGGCUAGAAAAGGACACACUUACUAAAAAUAUAUAAAUAUAAAAAUUUAAAAAAUUAAAUAAUAAUUGAUAAAUAAAAAGGAGUGUAUAUCUUAUUAACAAAGAAAAGCAUUACGCUCAAAGUCCACAUUAAGACCAAAAGGUUCCAAGCUAUUGAGUUAAAAUAUCCAUUUAGCUUCAUUUUUGUCAAUCAUCUUUUCAAAAUCUCCUCCCCUCCAAUGUGGAUUCACUUUUUCAAUGGCGUAGAAUUCUAGACCCUUUGGAUCAUUGGAAUGGUGGCUAGUAAAAUGUCCUGAGAGAUUGUGUGUUCAAUCCAUUUUUGAUGUUACAUUUUGAUGUCCCAAACACAACAGAGAGCUAUAAGCAUAACCACAAUUAUCGUCAAUCCCACACUAUGAAUGGAACACGUCUUGAGACUAAUUACAGAAGAAAUUAAAGAAGGAGAAGUACAACUCAAUUUAAAGUGGACAAGCUAUGUAAAGAUAAAAGAGAAAUCCCUGUAAAGUCUCCUAGGAUGAAACAACAUCCAGAACCACAAACUACUCAAAUUCAUAAGAGAGAUUUUUUAGGGUAUUUUUUAGAGAAGAGACGAGGACGGCAUUGAAGAAAUCAUGGAGAGAAAGGGGGGGGAUCAACCACGAUCCCCAAUCCAAAGGAAAAGGCAAAGAAGUGAAGAAGACAGAGAAGAAAUAAACCAGAUAUAAGUAAUUUAACACAGAAAGAUGAGAUAGAAAGCGUGUUUAAUCUAUCAAGUUAUGAUUUAAAUAAUGAUGAAAUGAAUAUACUUAAAAAAGGCCUAAAAUUUGCUCCAAAUAAAAAGAAUUCAUAAUUCAACACUUUUAUAGAUCUCCAUAAAUUUAUAAGGAAACUUACAGUAACAAAAUACUUUCUAGAAAAUAAAUUUACCAAAUGUAUUGAAGAGGAGGGAUACACACAUACGGAUCUUCAUCCACAAUCCAUCUUCUAUCCUAAACAAAUCAAAAGUGAUAACAUUCGAGUCUUUGAAAGACUGGUUGAGAGAGAUUUAAGAAAAUUGGACAAAGGAAGGAAGAUGAAAGAUAAUCUAACUAUUAAAGAAAGAAAAGUUCUAAAAACACUCAUGAAUAAUCCUGAUAUUAUAAUAAGAUCUGCAGAUAAAGGGGGAGGGGUAGUGGUGAUGAAUAUUGCUGACUACGAGAAAGAGACUACUAGAUUACUCAGUGAUCUAAAUACAUAUCUACCUCUCACGAAUAACCCUCAUGAGGUGUUUAUGGAAGAAUUUCUGGAACUAAUAAAUGAAGGCAAAGAUAAAGGGAUUUUAAAUAAAAGGGAAUAUGAUUUUAUUUGGUGUCAACAUCCGAAAACAGCAGUAUUCUACUAUUUACCUAAGAUCCAUAAAGAUCUCACCAACCCUCCGGGAAGACCUAUUAUCUCAGGCAUUAACUCAUUGACAUCCAAUCUUUCCCAAUAUGUGGAUCAAUUUUUACAACCCAUGGUGGCUAAAUUACCAUCGUAUUUGAAAGAUACUACACAAAUUAUUAAAGCUCUAUCCAAUAUUGAAUGGAAGGAAGGAUAUUUUUUAGUGACUACUGAAGUUACUUCACACGAUAAUAGAACACCUUCAAGGAUGUGAAGCCAUCCAACAUUCGUUUGCCAAGUAUUCGGAUCUAAAAAAUGACCAGAUCAGCUUCCUUGUCCAAGCAAUAGCUUUUAUUUUGAGUCAUAAUUCAUUUUGGGCACAACAGAGAUUUUAUCUUUAAAUAGAGGGCACCACCAUGGGGACCAGGUUUGCACCAAGUUAUGCCAACUUAUUUAUGGGCAAGUGGGAAGAAGAAUUUAUUUGGAACAAUACCCCACACAGUGCAGACCUGGUCCUAUGACGGCGCAAUAUUGAUGACUGUAUUUUUAUUUGGAAAGGAGAUUUAUCAUCUUUAAGUGAUUUUAAAAAUUACCUUAAUUUUAAUCCGUACAAUUUAAGAUUUACUUUUAACCAAUCCCUGGUAGAGUUUUUUUAGAUUUGGAGAUAUAUAUUAAAGAAGACAAAAUCCACACUAAGACGUACAGGAAACCAGUUGAUAAUACCUUUAUCCCUUCUGAUAGUCACCACAAGAAAACCUGGCUUGAGAACAUCCCCUAUGGACAAUUUAGGCGACUAAGAAGAAAUUGCACAGAACUAGAUAUUUGCACAAACCAGAUGGAAGAAAUGAAAGGCCAGUUCUUGAAGAAAGGAUAUGACCAUGACCUGUUGAAUAAUGCGAUGAACAAAGCUCUAAAAAUAACAAGGGAAGAGACUAUGGAAAGUAGAAGUAAAAUAUCCAAACCGGAUACAGAGACCCCUGCAUUUAUUACCCAAUUUAGUGAUCAAGCAGGAAGAAUUAGAUAUAUCUUGAAUAAACAUUGGAAAGUUUUGAAAGAAGAUAAUACUUUGGGAGCCAUGUUGGAUGAUAAAUCCAGAAUCUUCUAUUCUCGGGCUCCGAAUUUAAAAACUAUACUAGCCCCAACAAUUAAAGAAACUAGACCAUUAAGAGUUAAUCAAGGGAUGGUGGGCUUUCAGAAAUGUAAUAAAUGUUCAGGUUGUAAGAACAAUCCAACACAACCAAUCCUAACGAAAAAAUUCAGUAACGUGAAAGGAAAUGAAGAAUUUAAAAUCAAAUCAAAGUCAAAUUUGAAUUGUAACUCCAUUGGAGUAAUUUAUCUUUUAAUAUGUCCUUGUAAGAAACAAUAUGUGGGUAGAACAAAAAGAAAAUUUAAAACGAGGUUAGGAGAACAUAUCCGUAACAUCAAAAAUGGAUUGAACACUCACAAUCUCUCAAGACAUUUUACUAGCCACCAUUCCAAUGAUCCAAGGGGUCUAGAAUUCUACGCCAUUGAAAAAGUGAAUCCACAUUGGAGGGGAGGAGAUUUUGAAAAGAUGCUUGACAAAAAUUAAGCUAAAUGGAUAUUUCAACUCAAAGGCUUGGAACCUUUUGGUCUUAAUGUGGACUUUGAGCUUAAUGCUUUUCUUUGUUAAUAAGAUAUACACUCCUUUUUAUUUAUCAAUUAUUUAUUAUUUUAUUUUUAUUUUUUAUUUAUAUAUUUUUAGUAAGUGUGUCCUUUUUUAGCCAUAUUGAUAGGUAUUAUUAUAUUUAUUUUUUAUCAUCGUUUCUAUAAUCCUUUUUCAUUAUUCUUUUUAUUCUUUUUUUAUUAUCCUUUUAAGUAUUCUUCAUUUUUAUUCUUCUUUUAUAAAUAUUUUUAUUUUUUACCUUUCUAAUUUUUAACUUGUGUAUUACAUGUGUAUAAUUACUUUACCAUAAUGAUAUUCUAGUAUAUUGUCUUUUCUUCCUCCCCAUUUAUAUUAUCUAUCUUAUCUUAUUUUUCAGAAGACUUACAAUUUAAAAGAAAUUGGUCUAGAUGAAUAUUCUUGUUCUUGGGUAGAACAUUGGCUUAAGGAUAGAGUACAAGAAGUUGUAAUUAAUGGUAAAUUUUCAGGCUGGACAAAAGUGGUAAGUGGUGUCCCUCAGGGUUCUGUUUUGGGACCACUUCUAUUUAACAUAUUUAUAAAUGAUCUUGCAAUAGGCAUUGAAAGCCAUGUAUCAGUGUUUGCAGAUGACACAAAACUUUGUAAAGUAAUAAAAUGUGAGCAGGAUAUUGCUUUUCAGAGAGAUUUGGAUAGAUUGGGGGACUGGGCACUAAAAUGGCAGUUGAAAUUUAACAUAGAGAAAUGCAAAGUUAUACACUUCGGGGUUAAGAAUGCACAAGCAACUUACACACUAAAUGGUAGUGAAUUAGGGAUAACCACACACGAGAAGGACUUGGGAAUUGUUAUAGACAACAAAUUAGGCAGCAAUAUGUAAUGUCAAUCUGCAGUUGCUAAGGCCAGUAAGAUUUUGUCAUGUAUAAAUAGGGGCAUAAAUUCUUGGGAUGAAAAUAUAAUUUUGUCUCUUUAUAAAUCGCUGGUAAGACCACACCUUGAAAAUGCUGUGCAAUUUUGGGCGCCUGUUCUAAAGAAGGAUAUCAUGGCACUGGAGAGGGUCCAGAGACGAGCUACAAAAUUGAUAAAAGGAAUGGAGCAUUUUAGUUAUGAAGAAAGGUUAAAAAAAUUAAAUCUGUUUAGUUUGGAAAAACGGCGCCUGAGAGGGGAUAUGAUAACUUUAUACAAAUAUAUUCGGGGCCAGUACAAACCUUUAUCUGGAAAUCUAUUCAUAAACAGGGCUAUACAUAGGACACGAGGUCACACAUUUAGGCUGGAAGAAAGGAGAUUUCAUCUAAGGCAAAGAAAAGGUUUUUUUACAGUAAGAACAAUAAGGAUAUGGAAUUCUCUGCCUGAAGAGGUGGUUUUGUCAGAGUCCAUACAGAUGUUUAAACUGAAAUUGGAUAAAUACUUACAAAAACACAACAUACAGGGAUAUAAUUUCUAAUUAGUGGGGUAAUAGCUGCUUGAUCCAAGGAGACAUCUGACUGCUCUUUUGGGGUCAAGAAGGAAUUUUUUCCAAGUUUGUGGCAAAAUUGGAAGCGCUUCAGACGAGGUUUUUUGCCUUCUUUUGGAUCAACAGCAACAUCAUUUGUGAGGAAGGCUGAACUUGAUGGACGCAAGUCUCUUUUCAGCUAUGUAACUAUGUAUUAAUACAGUAUAUGUAUUAACACACUAUAUCUACUUUGUAUUAUGCUAUGUUUCUUGAUGUUGCAAAUGUCCAAUCCUAUGCUAUACAGAUGAAUUGAAUUAUUUCAACUUUAUAACAUUUAAUGUGUACUUUGUAUGUCCGGUCCCAAUUCAUUGCUGCUAAGAUUCUUUAUAACUUAUUCCUCUAUCUUAUUGAGAAACUUGCUGUUUAUUUAUUUAUGAAUACGUGUAAAAAAUAAUUAUACCUACUAUACAUUAUUGCUACAUGUUUUAUAAUUACACAAUAUUGUAUUCAUGUAUUUGUGGUUUAAUUUUUAAAUUUUUAUUGGUCCCUUGGACUCCGGUGAAAUAAGGGUUAAUUGUAAUUGAAUUUGAGUUAAAGAGUAUAUAAUUGAUUGAAGACUCCCAGAUGCCAUCCUCUGAUGAAGUGAUAUGGAAUCACGAAACAUGUAAGGCGGCAUCUCCAUACCAGCACAGUCAGCUCCUGAGAGAGAGCGUUUGGAACGCAUCCAGCAGCCGCAGUGGAACGGCCGGCAAGAGAGUUUAAUUUACAUCCCUGGACCUUCCGUCUACUUGACCCGGUAUAUUUUAUCUCUCUUAUGUGGGACUGCUUCUAUUUUUAACUUACAAUCUUUUAUAUUGUAGUGUGUUGUUUAGACAAUAAAUUUUGCAUUAACUAUUUGUCUGCUUCACAUAUAUUAGACUUAUUUUUGAUCCCUUGGGGAUUCUAACUAUACUAUUAAUUUUUAUUACUGUUUAUAAACCAUAUACUACUCUGAUACAUGGUGUACUGAUUCUAUUAUACAGGAUCUCUACUAUAUUAACCCUUGACCAGCCAGUGUUUAUAGGAGGUUUAGAUCUAGCCAGCUGGUACAUCUAAAGACUAUUUAAUAUUCAUCACUAUAUUUUCAUUGAUUUAAGAUUCACUAUUUCCACUGAGUCCAGUACUGAUUAUUGAUUUACUUCAAUAAGCACCCUACACCUAGGAAAAUGAGUAUGUUUUCCUGGCACUGUAGUGGUCCUUUAAAAGUUCCUUUUGUUGCAUAUACAUAUUAUGUUAUGUUUAUUGCCUCUAGAGAAGUCAAAAACUGUCUCCUGGUUAUUAUAGGUAUAUACGUAUACACUUGCUUACACUUUGGUUCAAUUGUGGUUGUCCAAAUAAUUUGUGCAUAAGUAUAUAUUAUACAUGCUGUCUGUGUAUUCUGCAUUGUGCACUUACACCUUGGUUAAUUUGUAGUUACUAGGUUGUGAAGGGCAUAUUGGAUGGUCAAGAAAUAUUAAGUGGACAUCUCUGCAAAAUUACCUGGUACAAUAUACAUACAAAGUUACGCUCAGUCUGUGGCCUGCAGAGGUAACCACCCGGCUGCAUACCGGGAAUCCGGUUGUUCACACUAUUUAACAACGUCCAGAUUUAGCAAUUCAGAAUUAAGCUCGAACAACACUGGACAGUGGAAACCCAAUUAAAUGCUUAAAAUCUGGGCCUGAAUUAAAAAAAAAAAAAAAAAGAAAGUGAACUAUUUGCCUGCUGGUUCCAUGGUGGCUACCCCACUUUCUGUACUUUAUAAAAAUUUUCAGAAAAAGUCACUUUUUGGAUAUAACCCCUAAUGUGUCUGGUUUUGGAAAUAUUGGGGUCUAUUUACUAAAGCCCAAUGGACCCGUAAUGAAUAGGGUAAAGUAUUCGAUGCAAUAUGGGGCCAAUGGUUAUACGAAAUCCUGACCGUAUUUAACUGGAGCUUGCAAAAGAUGUUCCAAAUGAGCCUGAAUGUGGUCAUUUUAGCUGGAAUUAAAGCUUAUGGACAGCUGAAAUACGGACCUAUAUGUUUAAAGAGUUACUCCAACCUCCAUGACCACUUCUGUUUUUUUCUUUUACGUGGUCAUUGUUGUAUUUGUCUCUAUGUGUACCAUUUCUGCUUGAAAUGCUGCAGAUGCAGGUUUAUUUUCACUUUUGUGCUAGGGCUACUUACAUCACAACACACGUGACUUGAUGUGAAUGUGAAUUCUGUGCAAAAUUUACAUCUGUUUGCAGUGUGCUGGCAACAGAACUUAUACCCUUGUGGGUAACACCUAUCUCCCCUCCCACAUACAUCUUCUUCCACUCCAUUCACACCUUACAAGCAUACUGCACCAUGAUGUGUAUUUUCUUGUUGUAGAUUUUAUUAUGCUGUCUGCCCCUUAAAGUGAUAUAUACGUUAUUCCAAUAGGGGUAAGAAUUUGAUAUUUAGCGCUCCACUGAGUGAUCUUUUGGUGGUAGUACGAUCCACUAAGUUCACUUUUUUCUUUCUCAUUUACCUCCUCCCUAUCAACUUCAUCUUCCUCUUUUUUUUUUUUUUUUGGAAAAUCCUGUCAACCCCCAUUUCCUUCAUUUACCAUCUGAGAGCAAUUGCAUGCACCUUAAACUGAUUAAACAGUCCUAUGAAAUGCUCCUCUGUGAGAAGCGUUUGAAUGGACAACAAAGAGAGAAUGAGUGCUGCGGGGAGUGGAAGACCCUCUCUUGGUGCUGGAUUCAAGAUAAGUUUAAUCUUUAUUUUAUAGUGUUUUUUCAUUUGAAUUAAAGGACCUAUUCACUAAUGCCCAAUAGGCCAUAUUAUUAAGGAAAUUAAACCAUCAAUAAUAAAGGGUUGGAGUAAUAAAUGAAUAACCAUGAAGAUAUUGCAAGCAUGUGUACAACUCUGGAAAAAAAAACAAAUAUGUAAAAAAAAUAAAAAAUCAGGACCCAGAGUGUAAAAUACUAAUUAUUUAUGACUUUAAGAAUUAUAAUAAUAAGUUUAAGGGAAUUAAGGUAUUAGGAAGCAGAUAGCAGCUAUUAAGACUAGAAACCAGGCAGAUAUUACUUCCCAGUUUCUAGAAAUGCCUGAUCCCAUAAGGAUGAGGUCAGUAAGUUAUCAGAAAGCAACCUAUCACUGGUCGGGUGGGGACUUAAAGGGACUCUACAGACAAUGUUAUCUCAGUUAAGUGAUCUGGGUGCUCUACCAGUGUCCUAUUGUUUUCAUGACAUUUGGCAUCCUUUGCUCUUUUGUUUGUAAAAUUCAUGAAAGUGCACCUAGUUUUAUGGGUGGUUUAGUGGGUUGGCGUGGAGCUGGGGAGGCUGAAGAAACUCCCUUAGCUGAGAGGCAUGUGCAACAGUGCAAGCUUACCAAGUUUAUAGUAAGUUUGUAAACAUUUAUUACACUCUGUUCAAAUUUUACUUGCUUUAUUUUGGUUUGCAUAUUUGUUUAAAAGUAUUUGUUUGCUGGUUUUGUCAAGUCCCCCACCCCUCGCGGCGACCUUGCUUACCUCAUAACAGCGAGCGGCGUCAUCUGGUCCCUGUCUCCAGACUUGCAGAGUGUCUGACAUUGCACGCUCCAGAGCAGCUACAUUAUAUGUGUGCUGCACCCGGUCAUGUGACCUGGCACGCAGUGAUGACCUUAGAGACCACAAGGUAGGGAAGAAACUCCUCCUACGUGUUGUGGUUAACACUAAUUGGAGAUUAGCCAAUCAGACACACCCUGUGUAUAUAAGUUAAGCUCUCCCUUGCAUCAGUGCCCUGUUGUGGUCUUUGGUUUACCAUUGAGCAUUGCACUUGUUAUUUGCAUUUCCUGGUUACUGAUAUUUGGCUUUGUCUCUCGUUAUUCCGUCUCUCUUUUUGCAUAACCCGACCAUUCUAAGGAUCGGUAUUGCAAUUCUCUCUACUCUGUCCUGUAUGCAUGUUAGGGUUCCCUAGUGAACGUUACAUUACGACAGGGCCAAAUGGACCCAGCAGACAUCUCAUAGCAUUUAGCUGCUCAGAAUUCCAAGACCACCACUUGGAUCAGUUCGCCCAGGCGGUACAGACUAUUUAGCGCACAACAAGCCGAUCCACUGGCCCCUGUUAGCAUACUUGUACAGGAAGGUUCCUCUUACUCGGUACACAUGACACCACCCCAAAAGUAUAAUGGUGAUCCUGCCCUUUGUCGUGGGUUUCUGAAACAGGUUGAUAUACACAUGGUUAUGAACCCACGCUCCUUUCCUACUGACUGGACAAAAAUAGCCUUUGCCAUUAAUCAUCUCUCUGGCUGGGCUUUAGCAUGGGCAAAUCCUAUAUGGGAAUCUGGUCCCAAUAUCACCUAUGCUGAUUUCCUGUCGUCCUUUUGGAGAACGUUUGACAUGCCUGGUAGGAUAGCUUCCGCUGGGAAAGCCUUGUUACGCAUCAAAGAAGGUUCCAGAACAGUGGUAGACUAUUCCAUAGAAUUCUGUACUCUAAUGGCGGAAGUGGCAUGGAAUAACGAUUUUCUGGUAACAGCUUUUCAGGUAGGAUUAGCUGAUUACCUACUCGAUGAGAUAGCAUCCAGAGAGGUACCCGUUUUAUUAGAUGAUCUCAUCGACUUGCAUUGUUAUAGACAAUUGCAUUAGAGAGAGAUGCUCUCUGCAACAGUCUUAUAACUAGAUGCAGGUUCAAACCUUGCCCUAUGCUUCACUACCUGCUUUGCCUCCUUGUGCUCCACCACCAGAACCUAUGCAAUUAGGAACCACUAAGUUAACUGAAGAGGAGAAACAACGCAGAAAGAGACAAGGCUUAUGCCUCUACUGCGGCAAAAAGGGGCAUGUAAGGACAUGUCCUGACCUGCAGGGAAAUGCCAGCACCUAAGACCAGAGGAGGGGGUUGGUCUUGGGUGUUUUGGAGUUAUCCCCUCACAACAAAAACUCUAGACUGCUUCUAGCGGUAACCCUCACCUUUAACGGUGAGACCAUACAUACCAAGGCCCUACUAGACUCAGGUGCAGCUGGCAACCACUCCUUCGCUGAGUCCCACGCCAUGACCUUGGUAUGCAAGGCCUCACCACUAGCCGUGGAAGCACUCAAUGGCAAGCCACUCACGAAACUCAGGAGGUGCAACUCACCAUAGGGGCCCUACACCGGAAGAGAGCAUUGCCUUUCACGUGUUGAGUUCCCCUUCAUGUCCUAUAGUCCUCAGGUUUCUGUGGUUGAGAAAGCACAACCUCGUUAUAGAUUGGGUCACUUUGGACAUAUUGUCUUGGGGUUCUACCUGCCGAUUACAGUGUCUCAUACCUAUGCAUCCCGUUUGUUCACUUAACCUGCCCUCGGCCCCUCCUCUCUCUACCUCAGUGCCUCCACAGUACGCUGAUUUAGCCCAGUUCUUUGAGAAAAGAGAGGCCGAGAGACUCCCUCCCCAUCGCCCUUAUGAUUGUGCGAUUGAUUUACUACCAGGGACUAUGCCAUCUAAAGGUCGAGUAUAUCUCCUCUCUGAGCAUGAGAAUAAGGUCAUGGAAGAAUAUAUUGAGGAGUCUCUAAAGAAAGGCAUAUCAGGUGAUCCUCAUCUCCGGCAGGUGCUGGCUUUUUCUUCGUAUCGAAGAAAGAGAGUGAUCUCAGACCCUGUAUAGACUAUAGGGGUCUGAACAAGAUAACGGUGAGGAAUGUUUAUCCAAUUCCGCUUAUCACGGAACUGUUUGACCGCUUAAAAGGUUCCAAGUGAUUUAUUAAACUGGAUCUCGGUGGGGCAUAUAACCUGGUCAGGAUAAGAGAACAAGAUGAGUGGAAAACCGCUUUUAACAGUCGCAGUGGCCACUAUGAAUAUUUAGUGAUGCCCUUUGGCCUGUGUAACGCCCCUGCUGUCUUCCAGGACUUUAUCAACUAUGUCCUCCGACUAUUACAUGCACGUUGUGUAUCUGGAUAACAUAUUGGUAUAUUCACCUGAUUUGGAAUCCCACCAUAAACAUGUCAGAUCAGUACUAAAGAAACUGCCUGUAUUGCAAACUAGAGAAGUGCCUCUUUGAUCAGACCUCUGUGCAGUUCUUGGGCUACAUCAUAUCUGAGAAGGGUUUCAGUAUGGACCCUAAGAAAAUGGAAGCCAUCAAGAAUUGUCCGCUUCCACAGGGUCUUAAGGCCAUACAAAGAUUUGUGGGUUUCGGGAACUACUACAGAAAAUUCAUAAAGAAGUUCUCCUCUGUAGUAGCCCCAAUAACCAAGAUCAUCAAAAAAGGGGUUAAUCCCUGUGUUUGAAAUUCUGAAGCCCUUGAAAACUUUCAAAACACUUAAAGAAGCGUAUAUGUCAGUUCCUGUUUUGCACCACUCUGACCCUUCGCUGCCCUUUAUUGUCAAAGUUUAUGCGUCUGUCAGGUGUUGGUGCAAUACUUUCUCAGAUAAAAACCCACAACGAUCCUCUUCACCCAUGUUGUUUUGUCUCCAAGAAACUGUCUGAUGCAGAGGAAAAACUAUGCUGUGGGGAACAGGGAAUUGCUGGCCAUAGUUUUGGCAUUUAAAGAGUUGAGACACCUAUGGGAAAUUUCUUAACACCCUACACUGAUGAUUACAGACCACAAGAACCUCUCCUACAUUGCCGAAGCCAGACAUCUGUUUUCUCGCCAUGCUAGGUGGUCCUUAUUUUUGUCUCGCUUCCAGUAUGCCAUAACAUACAGACCCGGAUACCGCAACAUUAAGGCAGAUGCCAUAUCCAGGCAACUUGAACCACUGGAGGUCGACCCCUCCCCUCCAGAACCCAUAGUCUCUUCCGCCAACAUUAUUGCAGCUACACACCUGGUUAUCUCUUCCCUCUUUUUAGAUAAAGUGAAGAGAUAUCAAAGCCAAGCACUACCUGAAACACCUACAGGUUUAUUGUUUGUACAGGGAAGGGACAGGGAAAAAGUCAUGACAUUGUUUCAUAGGUCGAAAACAUCGGGACACCCAGGCAUCACAAAAACGUAUGAUAAUAUAACAAGACAGUUCUGGUGGCUUUCUGUUAGGAGGGACGUCAAAGAGUAUGUUAUGACUUGUCAAAUUUGUACUUAGGCCAAGUCUCCCACAAGCAAGCCACCUGGUCUCCUUAUGCCACUCUCGGUGCCCAAGACGCCUUGGACGCACCUGUCCAUUGAUUUUAUAGUGGAAAUUCCCCCCCCGAGGGUCACUCGGUCAUUCUUAUGGUGACCAAUAGGUUCUCUAAGAUUGCUCACUUUGUUCCACUGAAGAAGCUUCCUUCUGCUGCGCAUUUAGCGGAGGUCUUCGCAAAAGAGGUAUUCCGGCUUCAUGGCAUACCCAUCGAUAUCGUCUCUGACAGGGGCCCUCAGGUUAUCUCACGAUUCUGGAGGGGUUUCUGUACUGAAAUGGGCAUAUCCUUGUCCUUUUCCUCAUCUUAUCACCCACAGUCAAACGGGGCUGCUGAAAUAGCGAACCAAUCACUGGAAUCAAGAUAAUUGGUCCCGUCUCCUCCCGUGGGCUGAGUUUGCCAGAAACACAGCCUCCCAUGCCUCCACUGGCAUGAGUCCUUUGUGCACAACCUAGUGUCCUUCCCGGUGUAUUCUCCAACAAGGGAAUACCAGCUUUGGACGAACACCUAGCCUCUCUUCGGGAGAUGUGGGACCGGGUCCACCUUGCUCUAACACGUGCUGUGGAAUCCCAGAAAAAGUUCACUGAUCAUCAUAGGGCUGCGGCUCUAUGGCUGUCCACGAAAAACAUACGCCUCCGUGUCCCCUCCAGGAAGUUGGCACCGAAAUAUAUUGGGCCUUAUAAAGUCUUGCAGAGAGUUAAUCCUGUCUCUUACACUUUGGACUUGCCUCCAUCCCUGCGCAUCCCCAAUACCUCCCUUCUGAAGCCUCUCCUGUGUAACCGGUAUUCGAGGUCUGUUAGGCACCCCGGCCCUGUCCGUGCAGACUCUAGCAAGGAGUACGAGGUGCAGUCCCUUCUCGACUCUCGCUUCUUCAGGGGCACCCUACAGUACCUGGUUCACAGGGUUACGGCCCGGAGAAGCGUUCCUUCUCCGGGCCGUAACCCUGUGAACGCCCCUUGUCUUGUUAGGGCCUUCCAUACUCGUUUUCCCUUGAAGCCUUCAGCUUCCUGCACUCCUGGCGGUCGUCGGAAGGGGGGGGGUUGUCAGGUCCCUGGCCCCCACACCGCUCGCGGCUACCUUCCUUACCUCAUCACAGCGAGCGGCGUCAUCUGGUCCCUGUCUCCAGACUGGCAGUGUGUCUGACGCUACACGCUCCAGCGCAGCUUCCUUAUAUGUGUGCUGCACCCGGUCAUGUGACCCGGCACACAUUGAUGACCUCAGAGACCACAAGGGAGGGAAGAAACUCCUUCUAAGUGUUGUGAUUAACACUAAUUGGAGAUUAGCCAAUCAGACACACCUUGAAUGUGUAUAUAAGCUAACCUCUCCCUUGCCUCAGUGCCCUGUUGUGGUCUUUGGUUUACCACUGAGCGUUGCACUUGUUAUUUGGAUUUCCUGGUUACUGAUAUUUGGCUUUGUCUCUCGUUAUUCCGUCUGUUUCCCUUGACCUCGGCUCGUGUUUUGACUAUCCCUUUUUGCAUAACCCGACCAUUCUAAGGAUCAGUAUUGCAAUUCUCUCUGCUCUGUCCUGUCUGCGUGUUAGGGUUCCCUUGUGAACGUUACAGGUUUGGAAAAGAUUGUCAAUUGAUUCAUGUCCUUUUAAAUGACAAACAAGCAGACUUUCCUUUGUUCCACUAUUCUCUCUGUAGUCCACUCUUAAAAUAAGUUAUAUACUUACACAGGUUGAAUCUAGUACAUAUAACAAUUUAUACAAAUAGAAAUGAAAAAAACAACAAUUCCAAAAGAUCCAGAGCACUAUAUUAAAACAAGAGUCUUGCACAGUUAUCUAUAACAUACUUAUAAUCCAUAGUAGCAAACAGUUAACAAACAUUAAUUCAAAUAACAACUCCCAUAAAUCUAGGCCUAAGUGUAAAUAAUUAGCUCAGCACUAUAUCAUGCAAAACAUUGUCUCAAAUUAGUUGAUUUAAUAAAAACAUUUAGUAAAUUUAGGACUCCUUUUUUUCCAGGCUGCACAGUUAAUGUAAUCCACGUAAGCCUGGAACCUGGUGUAAGCCGAAAAAGAAACUUAUACGUUCCUUAUACUUAUGCUGUCCUUAAAAGUGACUUGUGUGGGUGCUGAUUUUCUCCAAUCUGCAGCUCUCCGCAACAGAAGUAACGCAAUGAGAAAACAUGCGCAGAAUGAAUAAUCUAUAAUGAGAUUUGUUGACAACAUUUAGUUGUUGGAGCCUUUUAUAAGUCCUCACUAACACUAAAUAACAAUAUCUAGUAUGUUUUGUUAAAGGAACGUUAUAAGGUCAGGAACACAAACACGUAUACCUGACCCUAUAGUGUUAAACCACCAUCUGCUCCCCCAUUACCCUCCAUAAAUAUAGUAUAAUCUUACCUUUACUCCAGUUUGCUGCUGCUGGCUCUGCCCCUGGUCUGCCUGCUUGGCUGACAUCAGAAGCGUUGCUAAAUACCAAUCACAAUGCAUGCCCAUAAGAAAGAAUUGGAUUGGCUAAGACUGUUAAGGAGGCAGAUCAAGGGCAGAGCCAGCACAAUUUAAACACCACCCUGGCCAAUCAGCAUCUCCUCAUAUCGAUGAACUGAAUUAAUACAUCUCUAUAAGGAAAGGUCAGUGUCGUCAUGCAGAGGGUAGAGACACUGAAUGUCAAGAAGCACCUCUAGCAGCCAUCUGAGGAGUGGUCGGUGGAUGUGUUCCUAGGUUGUAAUGUAAACACUCUUUUCUCAGAAAAGAUAGUGUUUACUGCAAAUAGUCUGAAGGGAAUGAUUAUACUCACCAGAAUAAAUACAAUAAUCUGUAGUUGUUCUGGUGACUAUAGUGUACCUGUAACUUCUACUGUCUAUAGUCAGUAUUUGAUAAAUAUUUAUGUGGGUAUAUUUUUAAUCUUGGUGAAAAGUAUGGUUAUUUGGUGUAUGAUUUAUACACUUGUUAUGCAAUUGAUCCUAUACAUGCAUGACUACAGAUAAGUUCAGGUAAAUAUAUCUUAAGAGUAUACUGCGGGUUGGACACUUUAAAAAAACAUUUCAGCUCAUGUAGUGGUCUUGAUGCAGUCACUGCAGGCUGACUUUUGCAAAGUCAUACAGUUGGAAGGGGUGCAUGAAAAUAGAAAAAAAUAAUACAUAAUGCUAUCCUUUAACCCCUUAAGGACCAAACUUCUGGAAUAAAAGGAAAUCAUUACAUGUCACACAUGUCAUGUGUCCUUAAGGGGGUAAACAAAAUUACAGCUUUGCUAUGUUAUAUGUUAACUUGAUAGACUAUAAAUUGAUAGUAACAAAUUUUAUUUUCCCCAUAUCAACAAUGGUCAUCUGUAAUGGGCUGAAAAUGGUCAACUGACACUCUUGGCCAAGCAGUGCUGCAGAUUGCUGCUUAUACUAAUACUUUCUCAUUGGCAUCAACAGCACAGAUUGGAUGGGCUGCUGGGGACUCUUUUAGCAUUAAACCAUUAAAGAUGGUUUCAAACUAAAUGGAAGGAUGGUGCCAGGGAACUCCAGAGACUAUAACUACUUCCAUUAGAUUAAGCUGUUGUUCUGCCUACAGUGUUCCUUUAACCGUUGUGUCACCAAUUUCUGUAAGAUCUACUGGUUAUAUUUAGUAUUUUGUGUUUUUUCACACAUGCUUCCUUUUCAUGUAGAAUUUCACAGUUCAUGUAUGUCCUACUACUGCCCCAUAGUACAACAAUAUUCUACAGGUGUACUUUUAUCAGAUGUUUCAGGGACAUGUAGGGUCAAAUAACAGACAUGCAGCAUGCACAGCCAAGUACCAAUCACUUUGGCAUGCUGAGAUACCUGAUUGGAAACCUUUCAGACUCUUUUGGCCAACUUGUCUUGGAGGCAAUCUCGGAAUAUCGCAACCGACAUGACGGAGUGUGCUCAUUCUGCCAUGGUGAUUCAAAGGGCUGUGUACUGCGUUCAUCUUUAAAAGGAAACUAUAGUGCCAGGAAAACAAACUUGUUUCCCUGGCACUUUAGCUUUUACCUCUGUCAAGGCUCUGUUUGGUAGAUAGCCACUAGAGGCGGAGUUAAAUCUAGCAGGUAGUUAUUGCAGUUUAUAAAAAUUACAUGUUCAAGGUUAAGGGUGAUGGGAUAUUGCACCCAGACGACAUCAAUGAACAGUGUCCCUUUCGAAAGAUUGCCUGGCUGGUAAUGUUUUACUUGACUUUUAUGCCCUGAAUCGUGCUUGAUGUAUAUUUAUAUGUAGAUUGGAAAAUGUGGUGCAUACGAGCAACAUAUGUUGGAUUGACUCAUUUUAAAAAUAGUCUGAGAAUAGUACAUUUGCUGCAGUAAUAUACAUGUGUUUUGCAUAAUCAUUCACACAUACAGCUCUCUCAUGGAUUUUUCAAUCUUGUUUAUAUCUAGGACCUUCACAAAUUAUGAACACCACUGAAGUACCUGUUCGAGUGAAAACCUGGCUUUCAUCUACCUGGCAUGUUAAAGUUCCAGACCAGUGGCUAGAAGCUUGCAUCAGUUGGAUCCAAGAAGAAAACAACACCUCUUCCUUGUCACAAGCAGAAAUUAAUAAACAGGUUUUUGAGCAGUGGCUUCUAACAGAUCUUAGGGAUUUACAGUACCCAGUAUUACCUGUUGGAAUACUGGAGUCUCUGAAAUGUGAACUCAGUGGUUAUUAUGCAAUUCAAAUAGAUUCCCUGGUGGAUGUCAGCCUACCUGCAUAUUCACAGCUUCAGAAAAUAAGAGGAAGGGACAACUUAAAUGAACAAGUUACAGCUACUACUCAGGUUUCUCAGAAACCAUGGGAAACUAAGCCAAAUAGAAUGCUCAUGAUACAACUUACUGAUGGAAUACAACAAAUCCAGGGGAUGGAAUACCAACCUCUUCCGAUGCUUAAUGCUAACCUUCCACCAGGUACCAAAAUCUUGUUACAAGGCACCAUUGUUUGUCGCUUGGGUGUCCUUCUUCUUAAAUCAGAGAAUAUGAAAGUUUUAGGUGGAGAAGUGGAAGCUCUAAGCGAGGAGUAUACACAAGACAAAAUUCUAUCCAGAUUGAUUGGAGUAGAGGAAAAUCCUUUACCUCAGAGUUCAAAUAUUCAAGAUCAGGUUUCUGCAAGGAGUAAUGAUGAAUUAGGAGAAGCCUUAGGAUUGUCUGAUGAAGAUCUUUUGGCAAGCCUUGAUGUUAAUGAUGAAUUCACUGUUAACAAUGGAACAGUCCCAGACAGUGGGUUUUAUAGCCAGAAUGAGAAUUCACGUGUUUCACGCUUUGAAACGCAGCAAACGGAACACUCAGCAUCUAGACAAGGGAGGAUUCCAGAGUCCACUCUGUCUGCUCAGAGUACAUCAUGUCAAGAAACCCAGCAAAUACCAAACCCAAGAUCUAGGCAAGGCAGUAUUUCUGGGUCAACUCAGAUUGUUCAGGUAAACCGAAUAGUUGGCUUGGAAGAAGACUAUGAUUUGGAAGAUGAUUUAUUGUUGGAGGAGGAAGUUCAGCGUGAGUUAGAGGAAAUGUCCAUGGAUCAGCCUAUAGCAAUAAAUAGAAAUCAAAGCUUAACCACAAGAAAAUGUCCAAACACAGCUGAAACCACAUCCGUAACCACACAUACCAGUCAUACAUCUAUGAAUGAAAAUAAUUUUGAUAAUCCUCCAUUCACAUACUUGUCACUUAUAUUGGCUAACAAAUGUACGGAGAUGAAACUAGUAAAUCUUAAGGCAUUUAUAGUGACUUUGAAUGGCAAUCUUACUAGCAGUGGUGGCUACUGGAAUAUUAGGGCUAAAAUAUCAGAUGGGACAGGAUAUCUAGAUGUGGACUUCAGUGACAAUGUUCUUAGAAAGCUGAUUGGAUUUUCAGUGCCUGAAAUGAAAAAAAUUAAAAAGGAUCCCUCCCAGAAAGAAAAACUCAAGGCAGGCCUUCAGAAGUGCCAAAUGGAACUCACUGAUUUUUGUGGCAUUAUGACCAUUUCAUAUGAUCCAACAAAGCCUGAAGGCAGUGUGGUAGCUCUGGAAGAAGUAACUGAAGAAAUAAUGCGCUCUUUAAGGCGAAGGUUAAAUCUAUUGUGAAUUAUUUAUUAAUAAUACGUGGAAUAUUGUAAAUAUUUGGUCUGUUUUAUAGGAAGCUAAGAUUGUAUAUGCCUCUUGCUCAAAUGUUAAUGAGAACAUUGCUGUAAUCAGUUCUACUGUAUAUUGCAUUUUUUUUUUUUAAUUUUUUUUUUAAAUGACACUAUUUCAUGUAACCACAAUGCAUGGUUGUAGAACACUUUCCCUGUAAUGACUAUAAUCUGUCUCUAACUGAUAUUUAUAACAUUCUGAUUGUUAUGCUUUAAUGCACCUUAACAUUUCACCUGCCAUAUACUUACGUCAAAUACCUUAAGUUGAACUUGAUAUGAUAAUCACUUUAAUGUUUAAAUAAAGUAUUUACACUGA